AUGGCGGGUCCUGUCAGCCUGCGCGAGUUUCUGCUGGGCGCCUCUGGCUCUCCGGGCUCGGACAGCCCCGCGGCGGCCCCCGCGGAGGGCGGCGAGCGCGCGGCCGGCGUCGCGGAGCCUCCGUGGCGCGAGGAUGAGAUCUGCGUCGUGGGCAUCUUCGGCAAGACGGCGCUGCGCCUGACUUCGGAGAAGUUUUCGCUCGUGAACACGGUGUGUGACCGGCAGGUCUUUCCUCUCUUUCGCCACCAAGAUCCUGGGCACCCGGAACCUGGGGUCAAGGCCGAGGCUGGCGCCGUCGGGGAAGCAGGGGGAGCCGGAGACCCCGGCACCGGUGACGCCGCUCGGGGAGGUGCAGCCACCGCGACGACCGAGGGGAACCGGACGGAGGCAGGUACCCAGGACUACAGCCUCCUGCAAGCCUAUUACAACCAGGAAAGCAAAGUUCUUUAUCUGCUUCUCACCUCCAUCUGUGACAAUUCACAGCUUCUGCAGGCUUGCCGGGCCCUUCAAAGUGGAGAAGCUGGAGGUGGCCUCUCUCUGCCUCAUGCAGAAGCGCACGAGUUCUGGAAGCAUCAAGAGAAGCUGCAGUGUCUCAGUCUCCUUUAUCUCUUUUCGGUCUGUCACAUCCUGCUUCUGGUCCACCCCACCUGCUCCUUUGACAUUACCUAUGAUCGGGUAUUCAGAGCCCUGGAUGGGCUGAGGCAGAAAGUACUGCCCCUCCUCAAAACAGCCAUUAAAGAUUGUCCUGUUGGCAAAGAUUGGAAGCUGAACUGCCGACCGUGCCCACCUAGACUCCUUUUCCUUUUUCAUCUCAACGGAGCCCUCAAAGUGGAGCCCCCGCGAAGCCAAGACCCAACUCACCCAGACAAGCCCAAAAAACAUUCUCCUAAAAGGAGACUACAGCAUGCCCUGGAGGAUCAAAUCUAUAGAAUCUUCCGGAAGAGUCGUGUCUUGACUAAUCAGAGCAUCAACUGCCUCUUCACUGUGCCCGCCAACCAAGCGUUUGUAUACAUAGUUCCUGGAAGCCAGGAGGAGGACCCUGUAGGCAUGUUGCUGGACCAACUAAGGAGUCAUUGCACUGUGAAGGAUUCAGAAUCGUUGCUGGUGCCCACACCUCUUUCUGGGCCCAGGCGACACCAGGUCAUGAGACAGCACAACCGACAACAGCUUUCCUUCCACAUCGACAGCAGCAGUUGUAGUUCUUCAGGCCAGCUCGUGGAUUUCACUCUUCGGGAAUUCCUAUGGCAGCAUGUGGAGUUAGUCCUGAGUAAGAAAGGUUUUGACGACAGCGUGGGCAGAAACCCACAGCCCUCUCAUUUUGAGCUUCCCACUUACCAGAAAUGGACUUCAGCAGCUGCCAAACUGUAUGAAGUGGCUAUUGAUGGGAAAGAGGAGGACGUGGCGUCUCCCACGGGAGAACUAACAUCUAAGAUUUUAAGCAGUAUUAAAGUCUUAGAAGGGUUUUUGGAUAUUGACACCAAAUUCUCAGAAAACCGGUGCCAAAAAGCUCUACCCAUGGCCCACAGUGCCUACCAGUCAAAUUUGCCUCAUAAUUACACCAUGACUGUCCAUAAGAAUCAGCUUGCACAAGCUCUGCGAGUGUACAGUCAGCAUGCUAGGGGGCCGGCUUUUCACAAAUAUGCUAUGCAGCUACAUGAGGACUGCUACACAUUUUGGAGCAAUGGCCAUCAGCUGUGUGAGGAGAGGAGUCUAACUGAUCAACACUGUGUACAUAAAUUUCAUUCAUUACCUAAAUCAGGAGAAAAACCAGAGGCUGAUAGGAAUCCUCCAGUGCUGUAUCAUAAUAGCCGAGCUCGAUCCACUGGCGCCUGUAACUGUGGAAGGAAACAAGCACCUCGAGAUGAUCCCUUUGACAUCAAGGCAGCGAACUAUGACUUCUACCAACUCCUAGAAGAAAAAUGUUGUGGAAAAUUGGAUCAUAUCAAUUUCCCAAUAUUUGAACCAAGUACUCCAGAUCCUGCUCCUGCCAAAAAUGAGUCAUCUCCUGCCCCUGCAGAUGCAGAUGCGGAUAAACUUAAAGAAAAAGAACCUCAAACCCAAGGAGAGAGCACAAGCCUGAGCUUAGCUUUGAGUUUAGGCCAGUCCACAGAUAGCCUAGGUACCUAUCCAGCUGACCCACAAGCAGGAGGAGACAACCCAGAAGUUCACGGUCAAGGAGAAGUAAAGACAGAGAAGAGACCAAACUUAGUCGAUAGGCAGGCAUCUACAGUUGAAUAUCUGCCAGGCAUGCUACAUUCAAAUUGCCCUAAAGGUCUUCUACCCAAAUUCUCCAGCUGGUCUUUGGUUAAACUAGGCCCUGCUAAAUCUUAUAACUUUCAUACAGGUUUGGACCAACAGGGCUUCAUUCCAGGAACAAACUAUCUUAUGCCUUGGGACAUUGUCAUCAGGACCAGAGCUGAAGAUGAAGGAGAUUUAGACACAAAUUCAUGGCCUGCUCCAAAUAAGGCUAUCCCUGGAAAGAGAAGUGCAGUUGUGAUGGGAAGGGGAAGACGGAGGGAUGACAUAGCGCGAGCUUUUGUGGGCUUUGAAUAUGAAGACUCCCGAGGCCGAAGAUUCAUGUGUUCGGGACCUGACAAAGUAAUGAAAGUAAUGGGAAGUGGACCAAAGGAGUCAGCUUUAAAAGCCCUCAAUAGUGAUAUGCCCUUAUAUAUCCUGUCAUCGUCUCAGGGUCGAGGGCUAAAACCACAUUAUGCUCAACUUAUGAGGCUUUUUGUGGUGGUUCCUGAUGCUCCUUUGCAGAUCAUACUAAUGCCUCAGGUUCAGCCAGGCCCACCACCAUGCCCAGUAUUUUACCCAGAGAAGCAAGAAAUCACUCUCCCACCUGAUGGCCUUUGGGUUUUGAGGUUUCCCUAUGCCUAUGUGACUGAAAGAGGACCUUGUUUCCCUCCUAAGGAAAAUGUGCAAUUAAUGAGUUAUAAAGUGCUCCGGGGAGUUCUUAAAGCAGUAACACAAUAAGUGUUUUUUAGCCAGUUCAGCCCUACACGUGAUCUGGUUUGUUGUUGUUGUUGUUAUUUUUGUGGGAAGUGGUAGUAGUAUGUGUGCACUGUGAUUUCCAGAACCCUAAGUGUGUUUUGGUUGCAGGAGUUCAGUAUUUGGACAAUAAUUGUUAUAUUUCAUGAUAGUGUUGAUAUUUAUUGGGAGUAGGGCUACAGUUUCCUAAUAAAGAUCAGUUCUAGAAAAAGACAUAAAUACUUGAUUGAUACUUCUAUUUUCUCUCAUUUCUGUUUAAAGUCCUUAUAGUAAAACAAGUUUAUAUUAAGUAAAUGUAUAAUUGUGUUAAGAGAAAACCUUAUUUUUGUCCCCAAAUUUAAAAUUUUCUAAAAAUGUUAUUUCUGAAUUUAUUUUCAAAGCAAAAUGAUCAAUUAAAUUAUCUAGAAACAAUCUGCAAACUGAUGUAAUAUAAUUGCAAAAAAGUACUCUUCUUUGGUUUACCAUCCUGGUAUCUGAGUUAGAGUUUUCUCUUCCGACCAUUUUAUUCUUGGGAUGAUGAGAGACCGAUUUAAGUGAAUGUCAUCUACACAAAAACUUUUUCAUCCAAAAUAUUAAUGCAUACUUGACUCGGUUAAAGCUCUAUACUGUGAAACAACUUGCUGAGUGAUACAAAUCUUGUUAUGGUAACUUUCCCCACAUCAAGAUAGUGACUUGAUGUACAACAGCACCAGCUAGAUAAGCGUGCAGAAGUGAACAUACACAAAUUCUAGCUGAUUACAUUUUAUAAGGUACCUCUUUUUAAAUGGUGAUUCAAUGGAAUUGGAGAUUUUAAUGUCAAUAUAUAUGCAAUAUAGUAUUUGCUUAACGUAUCUUCUAGAUCAGUUUAAAGCAGUUUUGUGGUUUUUAAUUUAAAAACACACAGGAGAAAAACAGUUGGCAGCUAAUUUUUUUAAACAAAUUAUAUGUGUUUUUAUGCCUAUUUAGUUUGGUUAAGAAAAGGGAGAUGUGAGUCAAUAAG